ACCAUAGAUAUACUUGCCUUUCAAAGCGUCCAAUAACAAAGCACCAAAACAGAGAAAAGAGGAAUAACCAAAGCAAAAAGCUACUUCUGUUUUCUGCCAUCUCAUCUUCCUCCAUAUCUUGAACAAUUUGCUUACAAAUCCAUCCUAUUAUUAGUAUUAUAUUGUCAUUGCUCCCGCCAUAUCUCUCUCCGUCUUUGCUUUCUGUAACGCUUUUCUUCUCUCCAUCUUUACUGCAUGCAAUUUUGAUUUUCAAAUUGCCCCAUUUCCAUUUUCCAAUUCAUUUGCUGUCUUUUUCACGACAACUGAGCGAUCGGGGGUUAAAAUCUGUUUAGAGCUUUGGUUUUCAGUUUGUAAAGGGACUUGUAUUUGUAUUGAGUGUCUUUUUGCUUGGGGGAAUUUGGAUCAUUUUUGCCCAAUUUUGUGGAGUGUUUUUUAGGUAUAUAUGUUUUUAGAUUUGAAGUAGGAUUCACUUUUGAAGAACAAAAAGGGAGGUAAAAGCUCCCUUUUGAUCCAAUUAUAGGGGUGUUGAUUGCCGUUGAUUGAAUUGGAGGACCCUCUCAAGUCUUGAGUAUAAUGUCUGCGGUUAAUGAUAAGCGUUCCUAUCAGUCGAUCAAGUCGUUGCCCGUUGAUUUUAGGUAUGCGGGUAAUCAAGGUGCAGAUAGGACAAUGUUGCUUGAUACUAUAUCAGAAAAUGCUGAAAAUUUGAGAAAUAGCUCAGAUGGGGCAGCUAAUGGUAGGGGUCAUGAUAGUGAUGAAUCACCCUAUGGUAGUUUGAACGUGCCUGACAAAGAUGGGGCUUCUUUGGCUGAUGAUGGUGAUGAUAGUAAGGAUAUAAGUACUCCUGUGCGGCCGAUUAAGCAAUCAUAUACUGAUUCGAAGUGGAGUGACACCACCCCACACGCAUCGAAAAAGAAAAUUCAGUCGUGGGUUCAGCUUCCUGAUGGUAACUGGGAGCUGGGGACAGUUAUUCAGACUACUGGUAACGAUUCAGUGAUAACAUUGCCUGAGGGAAAAGUACUGAAAGUGAGGUCAGAAACUCUAACACCAGCAAAUCCUGAUAUUCUUGAUGGUGUAGAUGAUCUUAUGCAAUUAAGUUACCUAAAUGAACCGUCAGUUUUGUACAAUCUCCAGUAUAGAUAUGAUCGUGAUUUGAUUUAUACUAAAGCAGGCCCAGUGCUGGUGGCAGUUAAUCCCUUCAAAAAAGUCUUGUUAUAUGGAAAUGAUUAUAUUGAAGCUUACAAGCGCAAAUCUUUGGACAACCCUCAUGUAUAUGCCAUCACUGAUACCGCUAUGCGUGAAAUGAUCCGAGAUGAAGUAAACCAAUCUAUCAUUAUAAGUGGGGAAAGUGGAGCUGGAAAAACCGAGACUGCAAAGAUAGCCAUGCAAUAUUUGGCUGCUCUGGGAGGUGGUAGUGGCAUCGAGUAUGAGAUACUAAAGACGAAUCCAAUUCUGGAAGCUUUUGGUAAUGCCAAGACAUUAAGAAAUAACAACUCAAGUCGAUUUGGAAAACUGAUCGAAAUCCAUUUCAGUGAAACUGGAAAAAUAUCGGGUGCCAAGAUUCAAACCUUUUUGCUAGAGAAGUCAAGAGUUGUUCAAUGUUCGGAGGGAGAAAGGUCAUAUCAUAUAUUUUAUCAACUUUGUGCUGGGGCUUCAUCUAGCCUAAAAGACAAAUUGAACUUAAAGAAUGCUGAUGAGUUCAAGUAUUUGAGGCAAAGCAAUUGCUUUAAGAUAUCCGGGGUUGAUGAUGCUGAACAAUUUCGUAUAGUACUGGACGCUCUGGACAUUGUUCAUGUAAGUAAGGAAGAUCAGGAUAGCGUAUUUGCAAUGCUGGCUGCAGUACUAUGGCUUGGAAAUGUCUCAUUUACUUCAGUUGAUAGUGAAAAUCACGUUGAACCAGUGAUUGAUGAAGGUCUAACCACUGUUGCCACGUUGAUUGGGUGCAAAGUGGAGGAACUGAAGCUGGCAUUAUCAACUCGAAAAAUGAGAGUAGGGAGAAGAAAUGAUACAAUCAUUCAGAAACUCACUCUAGCACAGGCCAUGGAUACAAGAGAUGCAUUGGCAAAAUCGAUCUAUGCAUGUUUGUUUGACUGGCUAGUGGAACAGAUAAAUAAAUCACUAGCAGUCGGCAAGAGGCGUACAGGCAGAUCUAUCAGUAUCCUUGAUAUUUAUGGAUUUGAAUCAUUUGAGCGAAAUAGUUUUGAGCAGUUCUGCAUUAACUAUGCCAACGAGAGAUUACAACAACACUUCAAUCGCCACUUGUUUAAACUGGAGCAAGAGGAAUACAUUCAAGAUGGUAUUGACUGGGCAAAAGUUGAUUUUGAAGACAAUCAGGAUUGCCUUAAUCUGUUUGAGAAGAAACCAUUAGGGUUACAGUCACUGCUUGAUGAGGAAUCAACCUUUCCAAAUGGUACAGAUUUGAGCUUUGCAAAUAAGCUCAAGCAACAUCUAAGUUCAAAUCCUUGUUUUCAAGGAGAAAGGGAGAAAGUUUUUCGUGUUUGCCAUUAUGCUGGAGAGGUUACAUAUGACACCACUGGUUUUCUUGAGAAGAACAGGGAUUUACUCCAUUUGGAUUCAAUCGAACUUCUUUCUUCUUGCACGUGCACUCUUCCUCGGGCUUUUGCAUCCAGCAUGCGCAAUCAAUCUGAGAAGCCUGUAGUAGGGGCACUACAUAAAUCUGGUGGAGCGGAUUCACAAAAAUUAAGUGUUACGACAAAAUUCAAGAGCCAACUGUUCCAGUUAAUGCAACGUCUUGAAAGCACGACUCCACACUUCAUACGCUGUAUAAAGCCCAACAACUUCCAAUCUCCUGGUGACUAUAAUCAAGGACUCAUACUGCAACAGUUGCGGUGUUGUGGAGUCUUAGAAGUUGUCAGGAUAUCAAGAUCUGGUUUUCCCACCAGAAUGUCGCAUCAAAAGUUUGCAAGAAGGUAUGGUUUUCUUCUAUUAGAGCAUGUAGCGUCUCAGGACCCGCUCAGUGUUUCAGUAGCUAUUCUUCAUCAGUUCAACAUUCUCCCCGAGAUGUACCAAGUUGGAUACACGAAAUUGUUUUUCCGAACCGGGCAGAUUGGGGUACUUGAAGAUACAAGAAAUCGCACUCUCCAUGGGAUAUUGCGUGUCCAGAGUUGCUUUAGAGGCCAUCAGGCUCGUUGCCAGCUGAGGGAGUUUAGGAGAGGGAUUGCCACAUUACAGUCAUUUAUCCGUGGUGAAAGAGUUAGAAAGGAGUAUGCAGGCAUACUACGCAGGCAUAGCGCAGCUAUAUCUAUCCAAAAGCAUGCCAGAGCUAGGAUUUUGAGGAAAAAGUUCAACAGAGUAAGGGAGGCAACUAUCUCAAUGCAAUCAGUUAUCCGCGGUUGGUUGGUCAGAAGAUGCUCAGGAGACAUAGGAUUGGUGCAAUCAGGAGGAAGAAAGUAUAAUGAACCAGAAGAAGUGCCGCAACAACGCGAAAUGAGUAAUGCGGGUGGGAGUAGUGGUGGGGAUGCUGAGGAGUACGAACGACAAAUGGACGAAGCAUUGGAGGCCUAUGCGUCCGGUGAGAUAGACCGUCUGGAUACAAAGGGCUUUGCGUGCUUCCUCGGCGGUGAUCGAGUAUCUUUGAAGCCCUACCCUCCGAAGACUGUCUCCGAUCUGGUGCAGAUGCAUGGGGAGAAGCAUGAGUUCCCGGGGAUGUUAGGCGGCAUAGAUUGUAUGCAUUGGGAGUGGAAGAACUGUCCCGCUGCCUGGAAGGGUUCUACACCACCGGCUACAAGGGAAAGAAUCCCACGAUGA